UCGACGGAAGUUGCUUCUAAAUCCUGAAUUCUGGCGCCGCGACGUUUUGCCGGGACCCGUCGGUUGGGCAUGGCGUUAGAUCAACCGGCCCCGUGCCAACAUUGUUGUAGGUUAGAACCGGACCUUUCCUGAUAGCUCCCAGUUAGCGUCUUCUUCCAGUUUUUGGACCCGCCCGUUCAGCCGGCGGGGGUUCUUUAUUGCUGUCUCGUCUUCGCGGGAUCGCCCUUCCCAGGCUUCUGAGUAAGAAGUUGCAUAACCAAGGGAACAGCUGAUAUGGCAGAAAUGCAGAUGGACCAAGCUCUGGCCAAACAACUUUUUUUUGAAGGUGCCACGGUUAUAAUUUUGAAAAUGCCAGAAGGAACUGAGUUUGGCAUUGACUACAACAGUUGGCAAAUUGGUCCCAAGUUUUGUGGAGUCAAGAUGAUACCACCAGGCAUUCAUUUUUUUCAUUACAGCAGUGUUGACAAAAACAAUAGGAAAGAAAGUGGUCCUCGUACUGGUUUCUUCUUAAACUUGCAACGACGUGAUUUAAAGAUAUUACACUGGGAUGAACAAAGAGAAGAAGUCGACCUCACCCCAGCUUCUGAAAAUGAGUCUGAAGCCAUGAGAGUCAAUCUCAAAGAGAUGGACAAAUGUCUGGGUCCAUACCCUUAUAAUACCCUUAAAAAAUGGGUCUCCCUCACUAAUUUUAUUAAUGAAUUUGUGAUGCAAAAAUUGCAGCCUGAAAAUGGACAGAUAUGUGCCUUUUCUGAAGUGCUGCCUGUUCUGCCUGGAAAAUAUACUCAAGAUCGAAUUGAACAGAAUCUACCCCAGUAUGACACAGAAUGCAAAAGUUAUGCGGAAGGACUGGCCCGGCUUCCUAAAAUGCAACUGAAGCCUGGCACUGAGAUCAGAUUCACAAAAAUACCUAAACAAAUGUAUCCUGAAGGUGCCACACCUGAGGAAGUUACCAAGCAUAGUAUGGAUCUCAGCUAUGCUCUAGAAACAGUGAUCAAUCAACACUAUGCCAGCAAUUCCCAGGAUGUGCUUGGGGAGCUACAGUUUGCCUUCAUCUGCUUCCUGAUUGGGAACGUAUAUGAUGCAUUUGAGCACUGGAAAACACUCCUGAAUCUCUUGUGCAGAUCAGAGGAGGCCAUAGUGAAACAUCAAGCUGUGUUCAACCAUCUCAUUUCUAUCCUGUACCAUCAGCUCAAUGAAAUCCCAGCUGAUUUCUUUGUAGACAUAGUCUCCCAAGACAACUUUUUAACUAACACUUUGCAGGUGUUCUUCUCUUACACUUGUAAUCCAGCUGUUGACAGGACUCUGAGGAAGAAGGCAGAAAGAUUUAAAGCCCACUUAACCAAGAAAUUCAAGUGGGACUUUGAGGCUGAGCCGGAGGACUGUGCCCCCAUAGUUGUUGAACUACCAGAAGGAACAUUUGUGGACUGAACAUGACUCUGUUUUUUUUAAUAUUACUAUAAUUUUCUAGUUGUACCAUACGUUGCAGCUGUGAAACAUAUUCAUCAUAUUUUGCUUCUUUUUGUACAUACAGAAUGCAAGAAUUUUUCCUUAUAGAAAAAGUAGACAAGAUGGUUCUCCAAAUGAUUUUUUCCCCACAUUGUUCUUGAGUCUUGGAUAUUGAACAAAGUUAGGCUUAUUUCACUGCAAAAAUGAACACUGUGACAUGUUUUGAACAAUAUCGAAGAAGGAACCACCAAAUGCUACUGUUUGACUUAGUCCAGUAAUAAUUGUUUUCGUUGAUUUUAUUUUGUGGUGGAACUUUAGGCUGCACUAGAGUUCUUCCCAUUCCAUCAGUUUUAUUUCAUCCACUCCUAGUUUUUCUUACCCUUUCAAAAAUAUAAAAAUGCAAAGUGAGUUACCGUGAAUUGAAAGAAAAAAAAUAUGUCUUAACUUUGACAAUAUUCUGUCUAAGCUGUUUCUAAAAAGCUACACCGAACGUGCGCCCUUCUUUUUAGAAUGUCCUCUCAGGACAGGCUGCUUUCUGCUGUUACUUCACAGGAAUGAAAAUGUUAUAAAAUAGCCUAGAGCAAGCAUAGGGCCUGUUAUCUUGUAAUGUUUUCUCUGGGGUGCAGGAUGCUGUUAAAUUUUUCAAACAUUCCCUACUAUGUGAAGAUUUAGCUUGCUCAUUUCUUUUCAGGCUAUAAGGCGCCUUCAAGGGUUGGUAUGCCUAUGUAACAAAAUAACUUGUAUUACUGUUCAACACAAUAAACUGCCUAUAUCAGUUUGCCCAAUGAAUUCUCCCCAAUGUCUUCUUUGUAUGAACUUUCCAAAGGUGUGUGCUUGUGCUUCUAUUUGUUUUAUUAAAUUUAUAUGCCACUCAUCUCACUACUGAAGCAACUGGGAGGCUUAAUCAUUACUGAUAAUGCUAUGAUUGGAAUAAAAAUACCGUUGAUCAUUCUUACAACCUUUAAAGUCUCUUUUUCCUACUCAAAGACAACUUAGCAUUGGAGCACUAUAGUUUAGCCCAGAGUUUAUUGGGCAGUUCCAGAAAGCCAGUGGUCUUGUUGUGUUAAACUCUCUAGCAGUUUUGCAGCCUUGUUUUAUCUGUCUUCCGUUUGAGCAAGUCAUGUGCUUUCCAGGUGGCUCUUAGGAGGGUAUUCUGCCCUGAUCUCUUCCUUCACAACCUUUUCAGGUAUGUAUCUUGGGGUAGAAAUUGCUAGCAAAGAAAAAGAAAUGAAAGUUCAUUAUCUUAUUAAUGACAUCCUGUUCAUUGGAGAAGCUCUUGGAGUGUAAGGCAAUGAAGAGCUAAUUUCUAAGUAUAUACCCACACGCAUUAUGGCAAGAACCAUGCCCCAAUUUAAGGCAAAUAUAGUCUACUCU